CCCUGCUGAGAGGAGCGAGUGCUGAGUUUGCCACGUUGCUGCUGAUGCGGACACACAGACACAGAGCAACAGCAGCAGGAGGAGGUGGAGGAGGAGGAAUGUAGCGCUCAGACAAAAGGGAGCCACUAACUGAACUCAGAGGAGCGGAGCUGGUAUCCUUUUCACUCGGAGUGUGUCCUAAAACCGAGCCAAAAUGCUAACAGAUAUGAUCGUGGAGGAGGGAUUUGAACACAGCGAAGAGGAGCUGUGGUACAGCAGGAAGGAUUUGGAGCAGGACUUACAUUUGGCCGCGCAGCUGGGGAAGACUCUGCUGGACCGGAACCAUGAGCUUGAGCAGGGGCUUCAGCAGAUGUACUCCACCAACCAGGAGCAGCUGCAGGAGAUUGAGUACCUGAACAAGCAGGUGGAGCUCCUGAGGCAGAUGAAUGACCAGCAUGCUAAAAUGUACGAGCAGCUGGACACGGCAGCGCGAGAGCUGGAGAUGACCAACCACAGUCUGGUGCUGGACAACCGCACGGCCCAGGGAAAGAUUCAUAGUCUAACUGAGACCAUCGACAGCCUGCAGAUUUAUAUGGAGAGUCUACAGAAGCAGGUGGAUGAGCUGAAGGCGUCACAGUGCGAGCGGUCCAGGAAAGAACGUGCCGAAGCACGCCGAGGCCUGGCAGCCCAGAGCAUCUCCUGCUUGAAAGAGCUCUACGAUCUGCACCAGGAUACACGGCUGAGCUGUGAGAGCCUGAGCUCAGAGCAUGUGUGGCAGGGUCUGGAUGCCAGGCAGAUAGCGGAAGAGGAAAAUGCCUCUCUUCAGGGCACCCUGAGGACCCUGCAGGCUCAGCUGGUGAGUGAGCGUGAGCAGAGGGAGGCUGCAGAGCGGGCUGCUGAACUGACGGAGCAGGAGAACAGGGUGCUGGAGCACCGGGCCACUCUGCUGGAGGGGGCACAGCUCCGGCUGGUCGAGUUGGAGGCCGAGGUGGAGGAGCUGCGGCUGCUGUGGCGCUCGGACGCCCCCAGCACCAGGCCUACAGACGCCCUGCUGCCAGACAGCGUCUUCUUCUCUUCAGAGGAGAAUGUGAAGCCAGAGGAGGAGGAGAAGGAAGAGAAGGAGCAGGUCCAGGAGAGGCGACGCUGCAGCAGUGAGAGUUACGUCCGGGGCACAUGGGCUGAGGAGCUGCGACGGGGGCAUGAUCGCACAUGCGUACGGCGAACAGAGGGACACUCACAGGCUGUAAGGCAGCGUGGGAUAUCUCUGCUGAAUGAGGUCGAUGCUCAGUACAGCGCGCUGCAAGUCAAGUAUGAGGAGCUGUUGCAGCGCUGUCAGCGCGGAGCCGACGGCCUCAGCCACAAGGCCGUCCAGACGCCUGCCUCUCGCCGGUCCAGCUCCGUGGCUAUGGUCACCACAGCAACCACGUCCAUCACAGCGGAAUCAGGCUGCACCGCAGAUGAGCUGCACCAGCCAGAGUACAAAGCCCUUUUUAAGGAGAUCUUCACCUGCAUCCAGAAAACCAAAGAGGACCUGAGUGAGAACAAGGCCCCACUGAGUCAGCAGCAGUAGUGAAAGCUCCACUAUUGUUGCAGAUAGCAGUAUUCUUAUUAACCCCCAUUCAUUCUAAUGAUCGGGGGCUUUGCACUUACCUCGCUUUGUGUAAAUUGAAUGAAGCAGGUGUUGAGGAGUUCCUGAUCUUAUGAGAUCGUAAGAUGCUGUGGUUUUUGCACUAUGACACCUGUGCCUGUAUUCAGCGUACAGUAACCAUAAUACAUAGCGUCCAUAAUUAACAACAGUGCAGAGUCGUUCGGCUAGUAUUUUAUACCAAACGCUUUUCUGACAGUCAUUUGGACCUGUAUGGGCCUCUGACAUUAGCCAUGCAUGAGAGCGACACCUGAUUGUAGCCCUGCUUUGAUCUGCUGCGGGCUGUAGAGUAAUCUGGCCUGCUUGUUUGUAGUGAGACGAGAAGCAAUUCCUUUCCUCUUUUACUUCUUAAAUAUUUGCCAGGGGAAUCCUUGAAUAUUGUAAUGUAGGCUGACUCCUUGCAGUUAGCAGCAAACCUGGUUCCUACAUUAGCAUUGUAGAUUGUAUGCAAGAUAAAGCCUUGAAAUUAGAAAUGUGGUGUUGCUUGUAGCCAAACGUUUAACCAGAGUCUGAGGAUCACGGUAGUUGUGGUGAUCAGUUAUUGAAAAGAAAACGCUUAUUUCAAGUGAGAUUCGUGAAGGUAGUUGUGUGCAUUUGCUUAUUUUAUACUUCAAGCUUACCUCAUCAGUGCUGUGUACUAAUAAAAUGGCAAGACCUGAGCUUGGGUCAACUAGGGAAGCGUGCUUGUGAUGCUUAAGUGUGUGUAUUAGCUAGUUUAGAGUAAUUUGUAGCUCAGUUUGUGAUGCUAAAUCACUCUGCACUUCAUGCAGAUUUUAUGGUCAGGUUUCUUUUUUUUGUUCUCGUUUUGUAUUUAUUUUUUUUCAUAUUGAUGUAGAUAAGAGAUUUAUUUAUUUUCAUAUUUUUGUUCAUUCACUGUAUUUAUCUUUUGAUUUUGCAUGUAGCAAAACUGCAUCUCAUCUGGCUGCUGCAUUAUGGAGUCUGAGGCUACACUGAAAUGUAAUCCAUUGCGAUAGACAGAUCUAAACACUGAUUCAAUGUUUCACUGAUGGAUUAGAUUGAUUAGAAUGUGCAUCAAUGUUACUUUAUUUUGGCUCACAUGGGAGAUCUUACUUUGAGUAGAAGAGGCCUGUUGUAGAAGAGGCCAGCUACUUAGAUUGUUACUAAUAGUUUUACUGGUUUAAUCUCACAGCCUUUAAUAGGCUUGAAGUAGAUCCAGUCUAGUUUGGGCAGAUGGUCUACUUUUUGUCCAAUAAGAAGGGUUUAUUAUUUAGGGUUAGGGUUACCAAACUCAAAAUGUCAUAUUGCAGCAGAAUCCACAAAGCCUGAAAAUGUUUGGAUGUAGAAGAUAAUAAGACCUUGAUACUGGCUUUAGGUGUUACGUACCACAGGCUUUGUUGGUCCUGCUGCAAUAUGACAUUUUGAGUUUGGUCUUUUGUGCACAGUCAGAUGUUGGUGAAAAGUGGCAGUUGCCAGUGAGGACAUGGCUGGUUGGAUAAUGUGAAAAUUGGAUCAUAUUUGGGAGUAAAAGAAAAUGAAUGUUGAAGAAUAGAAGAGUUGAUUUGAAUGUGCUCUACCCACUAUUGUGUUCUUUUGUAGCAAUGGUUGCAAGGUUGGAUAAGCUGUGUUUGGAGUCACCAUAUAAUGCUCUGUUUCCAGUAAAUGCGUAGCUACCAAGCUGGAAUGUGGUAUCAUAGCUAAUUGAAUCUAAGCAGGCUGGAAAUGACAAAUUACAAACCAAAAUACUCCGAUUAUUCCUAUCAUGCAAUUUACAUGCACACUUUUUUUUCUUCUCUGUUUUGACUUUGUUUUUGAUUUUGAUUUUUUUUUACUUUGCAGUAAUGGAUUUUCAGGAUAUUUUUUGAUUUAUUAUAUCAACAUAAUGAUUAGGGGUGUAACAGUGCAUCGUGACCUGAUGGAGAAUGGACAUUCCACUUAUUAUGGUAUUGAAUGCAGUCGUAUUGGUUGGGCACAAAAGUUUGCAAACAACCAGCACCAAACAACCCACACCAGCAUGUUCAAGUUGCACAUCCAGUAUCAUGAAUCAAAUCAUGGGCUGAGUGUAUUGUUACACUCCUAAUAAUGACUUGUUUUCUUGUGUUUUGUGUAGAAAUAACAACUUAUUUUUUUGGAAAGUUUUGACUUUUUUUAAAUUUUCAAUUCAUAUAUCAAAAUAAUUACUUUUUCGCACAAACCUAACUUAUCCUGAAGAAAUAACUCUGUGUUUAUCUAACCAGUUGUUAAGUUGUGAGUAAGGAACUAUUAUUAUUUUAUUUAUUUAUUUGGAUAAUAAGUCAUCAUUAUGUAUUUCAAUGCAGUCAGAAUUUCGAGGGAGAAGAUAAGUCCUUGUUUUAACAUGGCAGGCUAGUAAAUAAUUGAGUCAUUAUUAAAUCAUUCCUUCAUGACGUUCAUGACCUUAAUAGUGUAAAAUCUAGAGAAAAUGUUAUUUUUGAGAUUUUUGAGAAACACAAGGAGGGGGAAAAACUGACCCACCCCCCCCACCCCCCUUCCCUUUUUCUACAUGGUGGAAAUGAGCUUCCUUAUCCAGCCUUGUCACAGGAAAGAACACUUUUGUGGGUGGAGUAUCGAUGGGAGCGUUAAUAACUGUUGUUCUAUUGUUCAGAAGCUGGUGUUGCGCUGCCUGAAGAUGCAGUGAGUAAACAGUGGACUGUCUGAGAGAAAAAUGGGUGGAUUGUAAGUUCUGUUGGGUUGAGUUGCACCAAAGCAUAUGGUGGGUGUUUGGCAUUCCUUAUUUCAAUGAAUUUUUUUUUUUUUUUUAAGAGCGACUACUGGGCUGACUUUCCAAAUUGUAGGCAGGUCACAAAUAUAGCACAAUCCUGCUGGAGUGGUCAAACAAUCAGUUUUUUAAAGGACCUAGAUGUUAUUUAUUCUGGAUAAACAUACCUCAGAAUCCUCCUUCACAGCCACAUUCAACAUUCCUGAAAAUCCUUCAGGCUUCCCGUCCUGCAUCAUAUGACUGGAACGUGCACAUGGGAAUGUAAGUUAAAGGCAGUAUGAAGUUAAGAUUGAGUACAUUGAUCAUGCUUUUGGAAAGCAGUGGUUGUAAACUUGUUGAGAAAUGUUAAAUGCUUUGAUGAGAAAUGCUGGCUUGCAAAUUGUUCUUUUACAGAAUUGCUGCUUGAAUUGCCUGUAAAGCAGCGCGCACACAUUCCAGCCUAGCAUCUUCCCAGUACGUCUCUGAUCGCAUCCGUCCAUUGAUUUAUGGCCACUUUAUUAUAUUUAUUUUAAGUCUAUAAAGACUGUAAAAGUUACUUUUUUUAAAUUCAUGUUGUUGAGAAAUGGUUCUAAAAUCAAACAUGAAAUCUGUUACAUGGUGCUAAGGUUCAUAGACCCUUUGUAGUUAAAUGCCAUAGAAAUGCCUUUUUAAGAGAUCUACAGCAUGUGAGGAUUAUUACAGUGGCAUGAGCAGAGACUAACACUUGCUUAGGGCUUUAACUAGCCUAUUAAAAGAUUUGCAACAAUCAA